AAGAGAGGUCCAUCGAACAGAUGACGUGUUACAGCGGGUCCUUGCUCUUUCCGGGUCGGUGUAAAUAGUGUGCGGUCCUGUCAUACAAGUCAGUAAAAUGUCGAAAGUAACGUUUAAAAUCACGCUGACGUCGGACCCUCGGUUACCAUAUAAAGUAUUAAGUGUACCUGAGAGCACGCCGUUCACGGCCGUUUUGAAAUUUGCAGCGGAAGAGUUUAAAGUGCCAGCAGCCACCAGUGCCAUAAUUACAAAUGGAAAUGUGUUCCUGAAACACGGCUCGGAGCUACGAAUCAUUCCCAGAGAUCGGGUUGGAGGAUGUCACCAGGGCAGGAUGUGACUAUCCAGUACUUUUCUGUCACAGACGAUGAACAUGCUUAUGCAUUGUCCGGCCCUGAGGUGUCAACUCUCAGCUGCUCUAUCUGGGACAGCUGCGGCUCCAAAUCUGUCAGAGGACCUCACAAAUCUCACCGAGCUGCCAUCACAGCCCCCUUCUCAAAGAUACACACUUGCAGGAUGUUGUCGUCGAUUUGUUGUGCCCCAAACCACUAGAUCUUUUGAUCUUUCACAAAAUAUUCCAGCUCUGUUUAAGAUCACAUACAUACUGUGUUCAUUAUGCAUGCUUUUACAUGUCUUAAAUACAUAAUGUCUACUUCAAGUCCAAGUUAAAUGUUUAAAUAAUGUAAAAAAAAUAUGAUUCCAUUUUCCAUUUUAAGAAGGCAAAUGAGUCAUCAUAUUGUGUCUUUUUUUCUUUACAUUUCAUGUGUUAUGUUUCAUUAAUGGUUGGUUUGAGCUCUGUUAUGUAGCUGUUAUUGCAGGCAGAUAAUGACUGUCAAUGUGAUGAAACUCCUGCAGCUGUGUAGCUAAACAAAACUAUACAACAGUAUGAUUAAAGAAGCUCUAAAUAAGUUAAUAAAAACACAUUUCAUAAUAUGCUUACUAUGUAAA